UUUCUCAGUAAUUAGGUGCUUCGUGCCAUUCAUGGUACCAGGAUCAAGACGUUCAUUUUCAAUUCUCAUGGUGACGAUGGGAAAACUGCCACCCUCCUAGUGCUCUUCACCCAGCUAUGAGCGCCUCUGGGGCCGGCACCAGUGGUGGUUGCAGCAGCGGCGGGGUGACCCUGCGCUGCCAGCGCCACCUGGAUGCCCGCUGGCAGCAGCUAGACAUACAGGAGGUGUUCAGUCGUGACGGCCUCUGUCGGCUCUGGAAUCAGAUGCUGACAGAUGGGGAGCUGACUGGCGCCUUCACCGAUGGCGUGAUCAACUCGGCUGGAGCUGUCGCCAGGAGAGGCGAGAGCGGCCACUUCUACUGCGGCACUCGCUCCCUGACGUGCCCCUGCUGCGACGGGCUGUGCGGCCCGGGAUACGGCUGCAACUGCGGCCCCUGCCGCCAGCUGGACGCCGAGCUCGGAGCGGAGGGAACGGAGAGUGACGAGCCGGCCUUAUCAUCACGUGCUCAGCUGCAGCCAUGGCAGUGGUCGGACUCGCCCUCCGCCGAGCAGCUGGCCGCCUGCCUGCGCACCCUGCAGCGCGAGCAGAUGGCCGCGGCCGCGCAGGCCAGCCUCAGCUGUCUGUCGGCGCUGCGCAUACGUCAGCGCGUGGCCGUGGCGCGUCGCUACUUCACGGCGCUGACGCCGCAGCCGCCGGCCGACGCGUCCGACACCGGAGCGCGCACCGCCGCCGCCGCGGUGGUGGCCGGUGGCCGCGGCGCCGCCGGCCGCGGUGAGCCGCCCUCCCACAGCCUGGCCCGUGUCGGCUCUCGUGCCGCCAUGGGGUUCGCCAUCGCGUUCCUGCGCCGCGCCUGGCGCUCCGGAGAGGACACCGACAUCUGCUCCGACCUGCUCAAGGAGUCUCUGGAGGCGCUGCGUUACCUUCCCGAGGGAAAUCUGUUUGAUGAGGACCAGGUGUCGCCCGUCUGGCUGGAGGUGGUCGAAAAGGCCAGCCGCUUCCUGCGCUCCGUCGUACUGGGUGAGGUGGGCGGCGUGCCGACCUCGGACCGCCACCUGGCUCUGUCGCUUCUCCUGGAGCUGGCCGUGCAGCGGGCGGCUCUGAGCCACCUUCUCAGCGUGCUGCUGCUCGUGCUGCAGAUCUGGCACGCCGCCGGACACACGGCCGCCGAUAAUAGAACGCGGCGUCACGGCAGCUCCGCGCCGCUGCUGCCGCUGCUGCACCGACUGAGGGCGGUCGCCGCCGGACCAGGCGGGACGGCCGCCUCACCCAGUGGACAUAUGGAGCUCACCGCUGGACCGAUGUCCCCGACGGAGGUAUUUCUGCGUCUGCUCGACCUGCCCGAGGACCCGGAAAUGUACGUGGACCUCCGUCAGGUGGCUGUGGUUACCCUCUGCCUGCUCGACCGGCUCGCCACGCCGCUACAGCCCGACAGCGCCGCCGAAAAGGACUCUGGCCGCCAGGAGCUGCUGUGUAUAGGCUGUGGCGGCGGCGGCACACCCGUCUCACCGUCCGGCAGUCCCGGCUCGGCCACCAGCGGCGCCGUGGCGGUGGAAGGACUGGGGGAACAGCGGCUCCGUCAGAUGGCGUGCGGGGAACAGGCGGCGCUGGUCCUUACCCAGUCCGGGGUGGUGUAUACAGUCCAGUACUCCAACAGAGACAAACAGACUCUGACGCCAGUAACGGGUCUUUCUGAGAAGGAGGUGGUGUAUGUGUCGGCCCACCCCGAGGGACAGCACUACAUGGUGGUUACCGCAGACGGACAGCUGUUCUCGUGGGGCAGCGGCGACGGCGGCCGGCUGGGCCACGGAGACUGUCAGAGUCACGACUCGCCCGUCCUGGUGGCGGCACUGGCCGGAAAACACGUGACCACCGCCAGCUGCGGAUCCACCUACAGUGCGGCGCUGACCAGCUGCGGCGAACUGUACACGUGGGGCCGCGGUAACUACGGACGGCUGGGACACGGAAACUUCGAGGACUGCCACCUGCCCACACUGGUGCAGGCACUCAAAGGUCAGCGUGUAGUAGACGUCUGCUGCGGCUCCGGCGAUGCCCAGACAGUAGCCGUCACGGACGCCGGACUGGUCUAUACCUGGGGCGACGGCGACUACGGAAAACUCGGCCGCGGCGGCAGCGAGGGCUCGCGGGUGCCGCAGCUGGUGGAGCGACUGCAGGAGGUGCGCGUGGUGCGGGCCGUCAGUGGCGCCCAGUUCACCGCCGCGCUCACCGACACCGGGGCCGUCUACACCUGGGGCAAGGGGGACACGUUCCGACUGGGCCACGGCACCGAGGAGCACGCCCGCUACCCGCUCAAAGUCGAGGCGCUGGCAGGCCGUAAGGUGCGCCAGCUCUCGGUGGGCGUCACCACAUGUCUGGCGCUGACAGAGGACGGCGAGGCGCUGGCCUGGGGCCGCGGCGUGGCCGGCCGGCCGGCCGUGCUGCCCUCGCCGACACCGCUCCCCGAGCUGCAGGGCCGGGCAGUGCUCGGAGUGUGCUGUGGACCCGCUCAGGUGUUCGCCUGGUCUCUGGGCUCGGAGAGUAAGGUGCCACGCCGCGUUCCAUUCGUGGUGGACGUCUCCGAGAGCACGUUUGUCUACCUGGACCGUAUGAUGGAGCGGGCGUCUCCGUCGGCCGCCGCCGCCGCCCGGCCGCCCUCUCAGGAGGAUGAGUGUACGAUGGUGGCCGCGCUGAGACUGCUCACACUGCAGCUGCACGUGGCCAUCACCCACUCGGUGCCCCUGUCGGAGCUGGGUCUCUCGGCCGGCUCCCGGCUGCUGGCCUCGCUCCGGUGCCGGGUGGUGGACCUGGCCAGUGGCUCGGGAGUGCUGCCGGCCGUCCAGGCGGCCGCCCAGGGCACGCUGAAGGUCGGAUGGAGCGCCCUGCUGCCCACCGCAGAGGAACGCGCCAAGACUCUGUCCACGCUGCUACCGCACGCAGGCUGUGAGGUGGGCUCCCCCAGCCCGGGCAGGCUGUUCAUGACAGACCUGCUUGUCUCCUCACUGAUGGCCGAUGGAGGGCUGGAGACGGCGCUCAGGGCCGCCGUCAAAGUCGAAGUCCAGGACCUGGAGGAGGGUGGCGAGAAGGAGGUGCUGCUGUCGCAGAUGAUGACGGAGCAGGCGCAGCUGGAGGCCGAGACCAAGCGGUCGCAGGGAGCCGGCGGCGAGAAGCCGCCCAUCCCGCUGCUGCACCUGGUCAAACAGCUCCUCAGGAACAUCUCGUCUCAGACCCUGUACCGUCUGCAGACCCUGACGGCCUCCACGGCCUCCGCCGAGUCACCCACCCUGUCCCAGUCUACCCCGGACCUGCCGCCGCCUCCGCCGCCGCCGACCGCCGGCGUCCCGUCCGUCGGCUCCCAGACCAGCGGGCCGCGCCGCUCGGCCUCCCUGGACCUGCUGGUACGCUUCCAGCGGCUACUACUGGCCGAGCUACACCACCUGGGCGACCCGGCGCCAGGCGAUGAGAAACGCGAGCGUCACGACCGCGGCGCGGGCUCGCUGUUGGCGAAGUACGUGCAGUUGCUGUUGGUGUUUGUGAACGACACACUAUCGGUGGCGUGCGGCGUGGCGGCCGGCGGCGCCAAGUUGUUCGCCCUGGCGGCGGCCGCUCUCAGAGAGGACGUGGUUGGGGUGCUGGUCCCGGAGCUGGUGCUCUGUCUGCUGAUGCUACAGCAGCGGAGCCCGGCGCUCCGCCGACCGAACCUGUUUGCGCCGCUACUGCCGCUACUAGACACACUGGAUAGGUUCAACCGACUGGCUCCCGGCGCGGAGCGGGAGGACGCCGAGGACCUCGCCUGGCCGGGCAUCAUCGGCGCCUCCCACUCGACACACUCUGUGCGCUCCAACGAGGAAGUACCCGUGAUCCGACGGGCGGAUGUCGAAAAUCAUAACCGCGACGGCGGCCUCUGGCUGGUCAUCGCCGGGAAGGUGUAUGAUGUGCACGAUUUCAAAGCGGAAGCGCCGUGCGGUGCCGAGCUGUUGCAGCGUUCGGCCGGUAAGGAUGUCACCAAGGCGUUCGAGGCGGCGCAGCACUCGCCUCAGGCGCUGGAGCUGCUGAAAGGUCUGCUGGUGGGGCCGCUACUGGACCCUGACGGCGACCCGCCGGCGGCGGCGGCAGCGGUGCUGGGCGCGGACAUCAGCUCCCUCUCCUCACCUCUGGUGGACACGGAGCGCUCCCUGUCGCUGCUGCUGGGACUCCAGGCAGCGGCGUUGUACCGCGGUACGCCGCCUCAGCCAGCCGAGCUGCAGGCGGCGCCCGUACUCGAGACAGGCGUGUUUGACGGCGGGCUGGAGCGGGGAGUGUGCCAGGGCUCCGAGGACGUGGACAAAGACCGAGAGACGAGCAACUCGCCGUUCAAGGCGCACAUGAACUCUGAUACCAUGGAGGACACGGUGAAACUCAUCAUAGCGUUCGCGGAGGACCCCGAGGAGGAGGGCGGUCGCCGUCUGGGCGCCGCCGUGUCGCGCCACUGUCAGCAGCGUCACCUGCAGAUGCCGCUGCUGGUGGAGGCCGAUCACCCUGUGGAGCAGGUGGGGCGGCUGCUGCUGGCCGCCGUCCUCCGGCAGACCGGCCUGCACCGCCGGCUGACGGCCUUCGUCAACGGCGGGGCAGACGUGGAGUCACUGCCGCCGCUACCAGAGCCGAUACCGGAGCUGCUGCGGGUGGUACACCGCACCAAACUGUCCCUGAUCCGCACCAGGCAGCAGCUCGACUCCAGCUACAAGGAGGUGUGCGCGGAGCCGAUCGACAGGUGUCGGUUUCUGUUGUACAAGGUGCGGCCGCUGCCCGGUUUGGGCCGCAGCUCCUCCGGACACAGACUUCUGCUGCGGGUGGAGAGCCGCUGGCGAGCCGCCUGUCGUCAGAUCCUCCAGUCCAGGGCCGGGACGCUGCACGUCAAACCAGAGGAUAUUCUCAAUGAGAGCAUACAAUCCCAGGACGCCCUGGCGGCGGCGGUCGGCUCGCUGAAAGAGGAACCUCUUGAAGAGGGCGAGGCAGAGAAGCAGCAAUUGGAGACGACAGAGGAGCCGGCCACGGCGGCCGGUCUCGGUCCCACCGUGUCUCCACCCCCAGGCCCGGCUGUCGAGGACGACCGCUGCUCCUCUGAGGAAGAAGAGGAGGAACAAUCUGAGAAACUGGCCGCCGAGGCGCUGCCCGAGAAACUAGCCGAGCUCGAGGAGAGACUGGAGAAGUAUGAAGAUGAGGACCGUUCAGAGAAACUGGACAUCGGAGAUGGAUGUAAGAAGGUGACCGAUUUUGACCGACCCAACAAACUGGAAGAAGAUGCCCUCUCCGAGAAGCUAGUCGACGACGAGAGAUCUGAGAAGACUGAGGACGGAGACGAAGACGAGAAGGUGAUGGAAAAGUCGGCACCGCCGGCCGUGCUGAGUGAGCAGCAGCGGCGGAGAAGGAAGCGCUCUCCGGCGGCCGGCGGCGCGCCUGACAACCGGCGCAGCUGGCCGACCGACACGGCGCUGAGGCUGGCGCCGCUGCCGCCGCCGCCGGCCGCCGAGCAGGGUCCUGAGACAGCGGCGGAGACGGGCGACGGACGGCGGGAUCAGCUGGAGAAGCUCGCUCUGAAACUGGAGGUGACUGUGGACGACGGCGAGACCACCACGCCGCCGGUGGAUACCGCCAAGAAGCACGCGUACAUUCCGCAGUGGAGCGACUCGUGUUCCCCGUCGGAAUCUGCCGCCCUGGAGGUGGCCGCCCGUAUCGCCAGUUUCGUCACCCAGUCGGCGGUGGACGCCGGCGCCGUACAGCGGGCGCUGCUCUGUCAGACGGAGCGCGCUGGACUGCGGCUGCGUGGACUGCAGACCGUCCAGGGACUGCUGGCCAAAACACACCUGCUGCCCUCCGCGCGGCUCCACCUACUGAUGGGCUGGAUCGGACUGGGGCCCACACUGAAACCCGACUACAGCCCCCCGCCGUGCUGUCUGGACGGCGUGCAGCUGGUGCGGCCGUACGAGCGCGCCCAGCUGCUGGUCCAGCACGGCCGGCUGACGGCGCUGGCCGCUCAGCAGCUGCGGCAGCUGGCAGCAGCUGCCGACCUGCAGUUCCGCGGCCGCGGCUGCAAGUCCUCCCGACUGAAGGAGAAUCUGAACCACAUGGAUCAGAACGGACUGUCGACGCUGCCGGCCGCCAGAUUCCUGCUGCCGCUGCUGGUGGUACUCAGCGGCGACCACGGGCCGGACGUCUCUGCCCUCCUGCUGCGCUCCGGGCUCCUAUCCACCGUACAGACCCUGCUCCGGCUGCUCGGCCCCGACCCGGCCGGCCCGCCCGACCAGCCCGUCUCGGUGCCGGCCAUACUGGAGGAGGCCGUGGAGCGGCAGCCCACACCGCAGUACCAGCUCUCAGGGCCCGAGAUGGCAGCGCUCAUGAAGAUCGGCACCCGCGUGGUGCGCGGAGAGGACUGGAAGUGGGGAGAUCAGGACGGCGCUCCGUCCGGCGCCCCGUCCGGCGAGGGCGUGGUGAUCGGGGAGCUCGGGGAGGACGGCUGGAUCCGCGUCCAGUGGGACAACGGCUCCACCAACUCGUACCGCAUGGGCAAGGAGGGCCGCUACGACCUCAAGCUGGCCGACGUGCCGCAGCCCGUGUCCUCGGAUGAUGAGGACGAUGACGAUGAUCUCACCGCCACGGAGGCGCCCUCGGAGAGUCGCCAGCCGACGGCUCUGUUCCGUCAGGGCUGCCAGCGGCUCCUGCAGGCGCACACCCUGGCGCUGGGACUACACGGAGAGACGGCCGACCAGGCGGCAGUGCAUCGUCUCACCGCGCUGCUCAGGGAUAUCGUCACGCACGGCCGCCUGGAGCCGGUGUCGCCUCUCCAGGAGCCAGAGGCGUGUCUGCACGCCCAGCACCGCAGCUGGGCCACGCUGCCACUGCUGCGGGCCGCCGCCGCCAGCAGCUCGGCCGUGCGCCGCGCGCUCUGCCGACCCGCCUGGACCUCCCUGCUGCUCGACAGGAUCGAGCCGCAUGUGCCGGUGGCCACUCAGCUGCAGUGCGUGCUGCUGCUGUCGUCCAGUCUGUCGGCCUGCGAGGACCCGGCUCAGAUGCGCGCGCUGCUCCACCGACUCCUCACGAGACUGGGAGACACCAUGCUGACCGGGGCCAACGAGGCCAAAGUGGCACACAACGGAGACGGUGUGACCCGGUGGCGGGGCCACCACUCUCUGACGGCCUCCCUCACCUCCACCGUGGCCGAGGCGGUGGUGGCGCUGGUGCGGCGGCUGCACCAGCUGCCCGCCUGGACCGAGGUCACCAGCCGCUACCUGGCUGACUGUCUGGUCGCUCUGCCGGCGCCGCCGCCGCCCACCGACAACGAGUCUGUCGCUGCUGCUGCGGCGGUCGCUGCCGACUCUCCCUCCGGCCCGGACUCGGUCGGCGAUUACCGCCAGUCGGCUCUGCUGGCCGCCCUGGCCGUGCUGGGCGGCGUCGACCCGCGGCCGCGGCUCGAGCGGUUCCCCACCUCGGACGACUUCAUCCAGCUGUGGGCCGGCCUCCUGACGUUCGCCAUGGACGCGCCGCUGUCCGGCUGUGAUCACAGCAAGUCGCCCAUGCAGGCCGGUGUGAGCCGUGUGGGCGUGCAGCAGCUGCAGCAGCAGCUGGCCGCUCUGGCCGCCUGCCGGCAGCUGCAGCAGCGUCAGCAGCUGCUCCGGCGCGUGCUCACCCGGGGACAGCUGCUGCCGCGUCUGACAGCCGUGGCCACCCAGCCGAGCCCCGUCCGGACCGUCUACAGUCGAGAACAGAUCGAGGUGGCGGCUCUUGCGCUCUCUCAGCAGCUGGCCUACGACCUGCACCACGCGCGCGCCGAUGUGCGUCUGGACACCCCCGGCUCGACGGCCGGCGCGCCGCGGGCGUCUCCGCCGCGCCGCAAACGCCGCACCUCGUCCCCGCCGCCGAGCGAGAUGGUCCGCCAGCUGGCCGAGAUGGGCUUCGAGCGACGCGCUGUCGAGAAAGCCCUCCAGUGCAUGGACGGUGAGCCCAGCGCCGAGUCGGUGGUAGCCUGGCUGCUGGAGCGGCAGUCGGCCGGCGGUGCGGCCAGCUCCGACUCCGACUGCAGCUCCGUGUCCUCCGAGGAGAAGCGCGAGGACGGCGAGUUCGAGGACGACGAGGAUGACGAGGAAGAGGACGAGCUGACGGCCAGCAGCCUCUCCGAGUCGGCGGCCGCCGGCGCCACCGGGCUGCAGCCGGCCGCGCAGGCCUCUAUCGGCGAGGCGUUCCGGCGCCGUCACCAGUUCGCCACGAACGACGACUAUGCGCUAUACGUGCGGAGCCACAUCGCCGUGGGCCAGACGGUGCGCUGCUGCCGAUCAUACGAGGAGGUGCACGAGGGCGACGUGGGAACGGUGGUCAAACUGGACAGGGACGGACUGCACGAUCUCAACGUACAGGUGAACUGGCAGCGGAAGGUGGGCAUCUACUGGGUGCGCUACAUCCACGUGGAGCUACUGGGUGUGACCGGCGUGGCCGCCACCACCACCCAUAUCCGAGUAGGGGACCGGGUGCGCGUCAAACCGUCCGUGCACACGCCCAAGUACAAGUGGGGCUCGGUGACCCACCGCAGCGUCGGAAUAGUCACAGGCAUCAUCAACAACGGGAGGGACGUCACGAUCGACUUUCCGCAGCAGAGUAACUGGACCGGCCUACUGACGGAGAUUGAGCCGGUCCCCACCAGCCACCCGGACGUCAGCUGCGCCGUCUGCGCCGCUGCGCCUAUAGUCGGCCCCCGUUACAUCUGCAAGGUGUGUGACCGCUGGGACCUAUGUGAGGGCUGUUUCCGGACGUCGCGCGGCCACCGGCACGGCUUCAGUCGCGUGCUGGAGCCGGGCGGCGCGCCCGUAUCGGCCGGCCGGCCGGGCCAGUGGCGGCGCGGCGCCGGCGCCGGCGGCCUGCCCGGCUCCCCGGCCGUCGACGGCCUGGUGUCCGAGUUCCGGCGCUGCGUCCGCGGCCUGUCCGUCUCCAGCCUGGAGGGGUGCGCCGACAGACUGGCAGAGGACGUCAGCGGCUUCUGGCAGAGCUGCGGCGCCAGCGGCAAGCACUGGAUCCGUCUGGAGAUGCAGCCCGGGGUGGCCGUCCACCGUCUGCAGCUGCUCUGCUCGCCCGCCGACGGCUCCUACAUGCCCUAUCUGCUGGUGGUGUCUGCCGGCCCGCAGCUGACCGCCCUCAGACAGCUGGCCGUCGUCACCGUGGCCGCCGACGAGACCUGGGUCACGCUGCUCUAUGACGUCACGGAGUACCACCAGUACAUCGAGAUCGCCAUCCGCGAGUGCCGUGACGGCGGUAUCGACUGUCGGGUGCACGCGCUGCGGGUCCUGGGCCGGCAGCUGGGUACUGACGACUCGGCCGGAGCCGGCGGAGGCGUCCACUUUCUGGCCAGCGACGGCGAGGAGGACUCUGAGGCCGGCUACCUGUGCCGCCCGUCCCCCGCGCCGGGCGCCGCGGCCGGCCUGCGCAGCCGCGUCUUCGUCUGGGGUCUGAACGACAAGGAUCAGCUGGGCGGCCUGAAGGGCUCCAAGAUCAAGCUGCCGGUGCCGUCGGAGGCCCUGAGUCGGCUCCAGCCGGCGCAGAUCGCCGGAGGAAGCAAGUGCACCUUCAUCGUGUCACAGGACGGCAGGGUGUACGCGUGCGGCGAGGGUAAGAACGGCCGACUGGGUCUGGGUCACUGCAUCAUCACCAGUACGCCGCGUCAGCUGACUUCGCUCAGCCAGUACGUGGUGAAGAAGGUGGCCGUCAACUCUGGCGGACGGCACGCGCUCGCCCUCACUGCGGACGGGAAGGUAUUCUCGUGGGGCGAGGGCGACGACGGUAAGCUGGGCCACGGCACGCGCCAGUCGUGCUUCAAGCCGCGUCAGGUGAUGGCUCUACGCUCGCGGCGCGUGCGGGACAUCAGCGCCGGCAGCUCGCACUCGGCGGCCAUUACGAGCUGCGGCCACCUGUACACCUGGGGACUGGGAGAGUACGGUCGGCUGGGGCACGGCGACGGACAGACCCACCUCACCCCCAAACUGGUGGAGGCUCUGGUAGGCCACCGUGUCGUCCAGGUGGCCUGCGGCUCACGUGACGCCCAGACGCUAGCCCUCACCGACAAGGGGCUGGUCUUCUCAUGGGGAGACGGCGACUUCGGGAAACUCGGCCGCGGCGGCAGCGAGGGCUGCGCCGGUCCCCACAACGUGGAGCGUCUGAAUGGCCUGGAGGUCUGUCAGGUGGAGUGUGGCGCUCAGUUCAGCCUGGCGCGUACCAGAACCGGGCAGGUGUGGACCUGGGGAAAGGGCGACUAUUACCGUCUGGGGCACGGUACGGACCAGCACGUGCGCCGGCCCAGCCAGGUGGAGGCGCUCCGGUCACACAAAGUGGUGCACGUGGGAGUCGGAGCGCUGCACUGCCUGGCCGUCACCGAUACUGGACAGGUGUUUGCGUGGGGCGACAACGACCACGGCCAGCAGGGGAACGGCUCCACCCAAGUAAACCGCAAACCCACUCUGGUCCACGACCUGGAGGGAGUGCGCGUGUCGCGCGUCUCGUGCGGCUCGAGCCACAGCGUGGCCUGGACCACGCCCGAGCCGAGCGCUCCGGCUCAGCACGAGCCUGUGCUGUUCCCAUCGGGCCGUGACCCGCUGGGCGCCGACACUCUGAGCGCAGCCGCCGGUCCCGGCUCGACCCCGACCGCGGCGGUCCGACCGAGCCCGGCCGGCGCCGAGGCGGCGGCGGCGGCGCCGGGAGCGGCCUCCAGAGCCAAGACGCGCCACAUGUCCCUGGCCAGGUCACUGCUGCUGAUGGAGUCGCAGGCAGGACAGAAGAUGGCUCUGCAGCGUCUGCUGAAGGCUCUGGCGGUCACCACGGCCCGGGAGACGGUACUGGCCGCCGUCAUGUCCAGCGUCGACCACAUGAAGUCGGAUCACUCGCCAGCCUCGUCGUCUGUCUGCUCGGCGCCGGCGGCGGGCGUCUGGCAGGACUCGUGUGACGAGGACACUCAGUCGGGCUCGGACUCGUCGGCGCCCUCCGUCUCUGCCGGACCGGUAACCCCAGAGGUGGCGGACGGAGGCGGCGAGGCGCCCGUGUCACUGGACGAAACGGUGGACCAGAGUCCCAGCUCGGCGGCCGUCUCCCUGUCGGCCUCCGCCUCCGCCGCUCUGCCCGCCUCUCUCCCCGCCUCUGCCGGAGGCGGGGCCGGCGCGGCGGCGGCCGGCUCCGACUCGGCGUCAGACGAGGCGUCGGCUGACGGCGGCGCGGUCACCGUCUCCAGCAGAAUGUCCCAGGCGGCCAUCACCGUGCUGGCGGCCACGCUGUCGGCACCCGAACAGGUGGAGACUGCGCGCACGCCCGAGCUGCGUCUGGACAGCUUCACCUCCCAACUGACGGCCGACGACGCGCGAGGCCUGGUCGACCUGCUGAAACUGGCCGCCGCCGGCAGAGUGCGAGACGACGCCACCGGGGCGCUGGCGCAGCUGCUCAAAGCGAUGGGCCGCAGCCAGCCGGCAGUCAGCGCCAUGCUUCUGGAGACCUGUGUCACUGAACUGGAGGACGUGGCCAGCGGCGGUGGCGGCGCGGCCCGCCUGCCGCCGCCCGUCGUCCAGGAGUCGUCACACCCGUACCUGAGGGACACCAACAUAUCGGGACUAGUCCGGAUACCAGGCGCCGAGUCCCUGUGGGUGGAGUUCGACCCGCAGUGCUGCUCGGAGCGGCGCAGGGACCCGCUCACGCUCACUGACGCCGGCGGCCGGGUACUGGCCGUCCGCUCCGGCCGUGACCCGGCCGACUGGAGCACCGAGCUGCGCGUCUCCGGUAACGAGCUGCGCUGGAAGUUCGUUUCGGAGCUGGGCGGCGGCGGCAGCUGGGGCUGGCGCUUCACCGUGCACCCGGUGAUGCCGCACGGCGCGGAGACGGCCGGCGCCGGCGGAUCCGACCGCAGGAUACUGUCGCGGCCCAGCCUCGACCUGGUCAGACACCUGCUGGACGUUCGUGCGGCCCGCGAGCCCGGCACCGUAUCCCGUCUGACGGCAGCUCUGGCUGCCUGUGCCCAGCUGAGCGCCCUGCAGCCGUCGGCGCGCCGCUGGGCGCUGCAGCAGCUGCGAUACCUCCUCUCCGUCACCGGGCGGCCCGCCACCCCCGGCGCCGACACCGCGCCCUCCGGCCCUCUGUCCGUGCUCGUCCAGGCGCUGCCUGAGGCGCUCUACCGACAGUUCGAGUACGAGGAGCCGCAGGUGCGCGCCGGGAAGCAGCUGAUGCACAGCGCCUUCUGCAAGGAACUGGCGGCGCUGGCCUGUGAGCUGGAGUUUGACCGGCUGCCGGCCAUCGCCGAGAGCCACCGCUGGAGCUGGUUCAGGCGGUACUGCCUGGCGUCCCGCGUGAUGGCGGCGCUGAUACAGCGACAGCCGCUGCCGCGACCCUUCCAGGACGAGGUGGCCAAGAAGAUCCGUGAGCUGAGCGGAGAGGAGGCCACUGAUUCUCGACACGUGGAUCACAGCGUGUUUACCGAGGACCGCGACCAGCAGCUGCUGCACUGGAUACACAGACGUCCGGACGACUGGACGCUGUCCUGGGGCAGCUCGGGCGUCAUAUACGCCUGGGGCCACAACCACCGCGGCCAGCUGGGCGGUCUGGACGGCGCCAAGGUCAAACAGCCCACGCCCUGUGAGGCGUUCUCGCUGCUGAAACCCGCCCAACUGAUCGGAGGGGAGCAGACCCUGUUCGCAGUCACCUCUGAUGGAAAGGUGCUGGCCACGGGUUACGGUGCCGGCGGCCGGCUGGGUAUCGGCGGCACCGACUGCGUCUCCACGCCCACUCUGCUGGAGAGCCUGCAGCACGUCUUCAUCAAAAAGGUGGCAGUGAACAGCGGCGGCAAACACUGCCUGGCGCUGACGUCCGAGGGAGAGGUCUACAGCUGGGGGGAGGGAGACGACGGAAAACUCGGACACGGAAACAAAAGUUCCUGCGAGCGUCCCCGUCUGAUCGAGGCUCUGCGCGACAAGCGUGUGGUUCAGGUGGCCUGCGGCGGCUCGCACUCGGCCUGCGUCACUGCCGAGGGCCACCUGUACACCUGGGGACGGGGCCGGUACGGGCGGCUCGGCCACGGCGACUCGGACGACCAGAGCCGACCCAAACUGGUCGAGACGCUCGUCGGGUGGAGGGUAGUGGACGUGGCCUGCGGCUCCGGUGACGCCCAGACCCUAUGUAUCACCGACGACGACAACGUGUGGAGCUGGGGAGACGGCGACUACGGAAAGCUGGGCCGCGGCGGCUCCGAGGGCUGCAAGCUGCCGCUCAAGAUCGAGUCGCUCUCCGGUCUGGGCGUGGUGCGCGUCGAGUGCGGCUCACAGUUCUCGGCGGCGCUCACUCGCUCCGGCAGCGUGUACACUUGGGGUAAGGGCGACUACCAUCGGCUGGGUCACGGCCUGGAUGAGCACGUUCGCCGUCCAAAGAAGGUGGCCGCCCUGCAGGGGAAGAGGAUCAUCUGUAUCGCGGUCGGCUCUCUGCACUGCGUGGCAUGCUCUCAGGAGGGCGAGGUGUUCACCUGGGGCGAUAACGACGAGGGCCAGCUGGGAGACGGCACCACCAACGCCAUCCAGCGGCCGCGACUCGUAGCUGCGCUGUCGGGUAAGAAGAUAAACCGCGUGGCCUGCGGCUCUGCCCACACUCUGGCCUGGAGCACCAACGUCUCAUCAAACACUGGCAAACUGCCCAAACAGAUCCCUCUGGAGUUUGACCACCUGCGCGAGCUGCCGGUGGCCGUGCUCCGUAACCGACUGGUGGUGCUGCACCACUUCAGCGACCUCUUCUGCCCGCUGGUGCCGCUGUUCCACCUGAGCGCGCCCCAGCUGAGGACGCUCGUCGUGCCGGCGGUGAAGGAGGCCGCCUUCAGAAAGGUGGUGCAGGCCACGAUGAUCCGUGACCGGCAGCACGGCCCGGUGGUCGAGCUGAACCGGAUGCAGGUGCGCCGCUCGCGCUCCCGUCCGGCCGCCACCGCCGCCGCCACCUCCGGCCACAAGACCGUGUUCUCCCAGAUGGCCUCCAAGAUGGGACUGCUGGGCGCCGAGGCGCUCCUCCUGCCGCACAGGGUGUGGAAGGUGAAAUUUGUCGGUGAGAGUGUGGACGACUGCGGCGGCGGGUACAGCGAGAGCAUCGCCGAGAUGUGCGACGAACUGUCCGCGGGCAGCCCGCCGCUGCUCAUCAUUACUCCCAACGGGCGCGGAGAGGCGGGUGCCAACCGCGACUGCCACCUGCUCAACCCUGCGGCCCGCUCUCAGCAGUACAGACAUCUGUUCACAUUCCUAGGCCUUCUGAUGGGUAUCGCGGUGCGCACCGGCUCGCCGCUGAGUCUGAACCUGGCUGAGCCGGUCUGGAAGCAGCUGGUGGGUCUGCAGCUCUCGCCGUCUGACCUGGCCGAGGUGGACCGCGACUACCUGCCCGGUCUGCUGUGUCUGCGCGACGACCCGGCGCUGGCCUCCCUGGAGCUACCGUUCAGCACCCCGUCAGCGGCCGGACAUGAGGUGCUGCUGAGUGGCACAUACCGGCGCGUCACCGACGAUAACAAGACAGAGUACAUCCGCGCGGCGCUCAACUAUAGACUACACGAAGCAGACGCGAUGGUGGCGGCCGUCCGCGAGGGUAUGAGUCGCGUCAUCCCCGUACCGCUACUGGAGCUGUUCACCGGCGCGGAGCUGGAGACGAUGGUGUGCGGCUCGCCAGACAUUCCCAUCAAACUGCUCAUGGCCGUCGCAACCUACAAAGGCGUGGACGCGUGCUCGCCGCUGGUGGCCUGGUUCUGGGAGGUGAUGCAGGAGCUCAGCACCCUGGAGCGCUCCCUGUUCCUCCGCUUCGUGUGGGGCCGCACGCGGCUGCCGCGCACCAUCGCCGACUUCCGCGGCCGCGACUUUGUGCUGCAGGUGCUGGACAAGUACCAGCCGGCCGACCACUUCCUGCCCGAGAGCUACACCUGCUUCUUCCUGCUCAAAAUGCCCAGAUACUCGUGCAAGGCUGUGCUCCGCGAGAAGUUGCUGUACGCCAUUCACUUCUGCAAGUCGAUCGACACGGACGACUAUGCGCGCGUGGCCAUGACGGCCCAGCAGGCGGAGGAGGAGGACACCACCACGGAGACCAGCAGUGAGCUGAACGACGGAAGCUAUAGCGACUUCUCGGCGUAUCCGCUGGACGGCUAAUCUCCGGGGGUGUCACACUCAAACCACGGCGCGCCCGACGACAGCGGCUCGCCCUCAGAGCGGUACGCCCUCUCGGCCUCCGAGGACAGCGGUGGCACUCCAGAGGACAGGAGGAGCUCGAACGAGGACAGUGUCUCUCACGUGGACAACAAUGUCUCUGAAGACAACAAUGUCUCUGAGGACAACAAUGUCUCUGAGGACAGCAGUGUCGGGGACGGCAGGUUUCCAGAGGACAGCAAUGUCUCUCACGAAGACAGUGUCUCUCUAAAUGACAACAGCGUCUCUGAGGACACCAGUAUCUCUCAAGAGGACAACAAUGUACUAUCUGAGGACAACAAUGUCUCUGAAGGCAGCAUUGUCUCUGAGGACACCGUUGUCUCUCCCGAGGACAACAGUGUCUCUCAAGAGGAUGCCAGUGUCUCUGAGGACACCAGUAUCUCCCAAGAGUACAACAAUGUCUCUGAGGACAACAAUGUCUCUGAAGGCAGCAUUGUCUCUGAGGACACCGGUGUCUCUCAAGAGGAUGCCGGUGUCUCUCCCGAGGAAAGGAGGAGCUCAAGCGAGAACAGCAAUGUCUCACAAGGGAACACUACUGCGAACUCCACGGACUCGAGCGCCACCGAGUCUGGGGAAUCGCUGGACUCCUCCGACUCCUCCGACUCCAGCUGGUCGUCACAGGACUCGGAGAACGCCCCCGAGUCCGGUGGAUCGUGGGACUCCUCGAUUGCCGGGGACUCGGGGGCGUCCUCCGACUUCUCGCUGUAAGUGACGACGCACUAUCCGCUGUCCUCGGGCUGCGGAGUGAAGGUUCGACUGGGGACGGUCAGUCUGGACACACCGGACGCCCCCACAGACGACCGACCCAGGGAACGGGAGGACGCGCCGCAAGGACGGGCUGAGGACCGCUAUCCUCACGGAGUCGCACUCCUCAGUCGGCACCCCUCGGGGAAGGGUUUCUUUCUCUAGUCAGCAGUUUUGCGAUCCUCGCCGCCGCUUUUCGUCGCAAUGUCCUGGCUUGUAGCCGCAGAUGAGGACCACGCGGUCAGGCGCUGUUAGCCAGUCAGGGUGUUACGUAGAAGCCUGUGCAAGCGGUUCGCUCUACCCCGCAGCUGGCUUCGCCCUGUGAGCAAACGCAGCUCAUUAUUAUACUCUAGAUCCGGCUCUGUCGGUCGGCGUAUGGAGGGUAGGUACUCUGGUUUAGCCUGGUCACGGCUGGCCACUGGUCGUGUAAGACUCAAUUUGUUUCCGGCGUGUCGCCUGUGGAGUGUGGAUGUUGUCGCUUAUUUAUCAAUGUUUGUUGCCUGCGUGCCCUGCAGCGCGGGCGGCGCCCGUACAGGGGCGGGCCCCGAGCGAGGGGGAGCGCGUGCCGCCCGUGUCUGCGUGGUUCAGCUCCCGUCGCCACUGCCGCCGCCGCCACCGCCCAGCCACGCUUAUCGCAGUGUUGUGGCCACAAUGUGAUAACUGGACAAUACACAGAACGUCUCCGCUGA